AUGUCAAGAGUAACUUCCAAACCACCAGUAUUACCUCCUUUAUUAAUUCAUAAUUCUCCUUAUUCAGGAAUAAAAGAUAUUGACUCUUCUGUAUGGUCAUUAACUAGUACUAGUGAUUCGACAACCUCUACUUCUUCUACAUUUUCUUCCAGUACUGUGACUCCUCAACAAUCGCAACAAACAAAUUUGAGGGAUACUCGAAUACCAUUCACAUUAUUGAACAAUAACAUCAACAACAGUAAUAAUAAUGCUAAGAGACGAUGUCAUUUAACAAGAAAUAGUAAACCAAGAACAUGUAAAGAAUUAUGGAAUUUGCCAUGGAUGGAUAAAGAGAAUGGUAAUAAAUUGACAGCGAAAUUUUGGUUUGCUUUAUUGUUAAUAAUUAUUUUAUUGGUAAUAUUGAGUAUUGUUGCUGAUGCUAUUCUUAUAGCUACCAUUUUGGCAGGUGUUAAACGUUCAACUGGAUUAACUCGAAUUGAAAAUGCAGCAUUACGAAGUGUCGUUGAAAGUUUUCUUGGUAUUGGUGAAUGGUUAUUUGAUAAAAGUAUUGGAUACGUGAGUACUUCGGAAUAUUUUGAAAGGAGACGAAAUGGAAAUGAGAAUAGAGUGUUAAGAGAAUAA